UUUAAAUAGAGAAACCUGCCUGCAAUCAGAAGUACUGCACGCAUUUUUACCGCGAGGAGGUGACUCGUUAUUACUUCGGACUGAUUCAGCCACACCCAUAAAGUGAUUGAGACCUUCAGUGAAGCUCCUCCUACAAUAAUCCACCAAUAAAUGCUGGAGUCAAACACACAGAGAAAUCACUCCAUGUGUGACAACUGAAAUCUUCAUGACAUAAUGUUGAUGCUGGUGAAAGAGGAGCUUGAGAAGAUGACAGAUCCACAACCAUGCAGAAUAAAGGAUGAAGAUACUGAGGAACAAAUAGAUAUGAUAGAAGUGAAAAAGGAGAGUCAAGCUGAAGUGGAUGAGAAACAUCAGAAUGUAAAAAUAAACCAUAAUGUUUCACAGAAAGAAACUCUGAAGACAGAAGACAUAAAGUGUGAAAAUAGUUUCAGAGAAGAUGAACGCCCUGCAGAUCACAAGAGGACUCACAGUGAGGAGAAACCUUUCACAUGUCAACAGUGUGGAAAGAGUUUCAGAUUUAAAAGUAAACUUGAGGCUCACCUGAGAACUCACACUGGAGAGAAACCAUACACGUGUCAUCUUUGUGGAAAUAGUUUCACAGUUAAAUCUAGCCUUAAGAAACACAUAAGAAUUCACACUGGAGUGAAACCAUACACAUGUCAACAGUGUGGAAAGAGUUUUAAAUCUUCAAGUGACAUUACGAGACAUGUGAAAAUUCACAGUGAAGAGAAACUACAUGCGUGCCAUAAGUGUGUAAAGACUUUUACAUCUACAAGUUACCUUAAGAAACACAUGAUAACUCACACUGGAAAGAAACCGUUCACAUGUCUUCAGUGUGGAAAGGGUUUCAGAGAUAGAAGUAACCUUGAGAUCCACAUGAGACUUCACACUGGAAAGAAACCUUACAUAUGUCCUCAGUGUGGAAAGAGUAUUAAAACAAAACAUUACCUUGAGAUUCACAUGAGACUUCACACUGGAGAGAAACCUUACACAUGUCCUCAGUGUGGAAAGAGUAUUAAAACAAAAGGUUACCUUGAGACUCACAUGAGAAUUCACACUGGAGAGAAACCGUUUGCAUGUCCUCAGUGUGGAAAGAGUUUCAGAAGAAAAGAUAGCCUUGAGAUUCACGUGAGACUUCACACUGGAGAGAAACCUUACACAUGUCCUCAGUGUGGAAAGAGUAUUAAAACAAAAGGUUACCUUGAUACUCACAUGAGACUUCACACUGGAGAGAAACCGUUUGCAUGUCCUCAUUGUGGAAAGAGUUUUAUGUGGAAAUCAAGUCUUAGAAAUCACCAGCGCUUACAUUCUGAAGAAAAGACAUUCAACUCUUCUGUGCAGUUAAUGAUGGAAGUGAAAGAGGAGAGUCAAGCUGAAGUAGAUGAGAAACAUCAGAUUGUAAAAAUAAACCAUAAUGUUUCACAGAAAGAAACUCUGAAGACAGAAGACAUAAAGUGUGAAAAUAGUUUCAGUGAAGAUGAACGCCCUGCAGAUCACAAGAGGACUCACAGUGAGGAGAAACCUUUAACAUGUCAACUGUGUGGAAAGAGUUUCAACUUUAAAUCGAGCCUUAACCGCCAUAUGAAAGUUCACAGGGGGGAAAAGCCUUUCAGAUGUCAACAGUGUGGAAAGAGUUUCAGAACAAAAUGGCACCUUAACGAACAUAUGAGGAUGCACACUGGUGAGAAACCACAUCCGUGCCAUCACUGUGGAAAGAGUUUUACAACUGCAAGUGACCUUAAGAAACAUUCAAGAGUUCACACUGGAGAGAAGCCUUACAAGUGUCAACAGUGUGGAAAGAGUUUCACCUUUACAUCAGGCCUUACCCAGCACAUAAAUAAUCACAGAGGGGAAAAAACAAACAUGUGCCAUCACUAUGACAAGAGUUUUCCAUCUACAGGUGAACUUAAGAUACACAUGAGUUCUCACACUGGAGAAAAACCGUUCACAUGUCUUCAGUGUGGAAAGAGUUUUAGAGUGAAAGGUGACCUUAUUAGACACGUGAGAAUUCACACUGGAGAGAAACCAUACUUGUGUCAUCAGUGUGGAAAGAGUUUCAGGACAAAACCAAACCUUAAUGUACAUUUAAUCACUCACACUAAAGAGAAACCAUUCACAUGCCAUGAGUGUAAAAAGAGUUUCAAAACAAAAGCUUACCUUAAAAGACACGCAAGAUUUCACACUCAAUAGAAACCAUUAAUGUGUCAACAGUAUGGCAACAAAGUUUAGAAAUCAGCUGAGGUCUUAUUAAUAAAACUGUCUGGAGGAUCCUUACUAAAAGUCUACAUUUGCACAAAAGCCCAAGAUGUCUGUACUUGUGUUCUUGUGGAGUUGUGAAACAUCAUCAGUUGCAGCCCAAGUACUGUUCCAAUUCCAAGUUCACAUCAACUCAAGUUCACAUAACAUCUCAGGAUGUAUUCUUGAUCCGCUCAUUUUAUUGAGGGUGCUUCGGGAGGUGACUUGUGUGGACUUAACGACAGCCAAGUUUCCCAGAAUGCAUUUCACGUCAAUCACUUCCAGUGAAAGGUACUCUUAAUGCUUCAUCAUACCAAGAUAUUUUGGACAAUUUUAUGCUCCCAACUUUGUGGUAACAGUUUAGAGAUGGCUCCUUCCUGUUCCAACAUGACUGUGCACCAGUGCACAAAGCAAAGAGCGAGUGUGCAGAAACUUGACUGGCCUGCACAGAGUCCUGACCUCAUCCCAAUCAAACAUCUGUUGGAUGAAUUAGAGCGGGAACUAUGAGCGAGGCUUUCUUGUCCAACAACAGUGUCUUACAAAUGUGCUUUUAGAAGAAUGGCCGAAAAUGUCCAUAUUAUGACUGCUUUUCCACAAGUUAAAUAGGUGUAUGAGUUCUAUAAAACAUGUUUCAAAAGUUGUUUGCUCGAAAUAGCUUGUAGGAAAAGAUUGUUACCCAUCUUUAGUAGCCUCUGUUUCAGUGCAUUUCAGAUUGUGCCGUUUUGAGGAGGUCAUUACAUAUUUAUGUGCUGCUGCUCCUUUGGCCACGCCCCACUACUAAUGUCAUGUGUGCAUGCGCAAUGGUAUCGCGAGCAGUACAGACUGCAUUAUUAUCUUUAUAUAUUAUUAUUACCGGUUUAUGUUGCCAACAGACAAUUUAAGCAAAAAAGUAUCGCUAUUAAGUACACUCCAAGAGAAAAAACUCAUGAUUCAAGAGUAAAUUGUGAUGAAACAGUCUCAACAAUACACUUGAUUUGCCUUGGACAACGCUAACAUAUUCUUGUUAUAAAACAUUUUCAAACGCAUUAUUUUCACAAAUUACAGAAAUUAAGACCCGUCGGGGGAUGUAUACUGCUUGUGGACAGCAUGCUAAUUGCUAGAAGCUAGCGGGAGGUCCGCCGUAUCUUGGAAAAGUGAUAGAGACUUGGGGGUACGUUAGGCUCGUCGGAAAAGCCGGGUUGGCAAGGCCCGGUCUUGGUUAGUUUGGCAAAACACUUUUAGUUUGGCAAAAACUAUCAAGUUUAUGUAGAAUUUUAAAGUAAAGCAGUUAAAUAUUUCUUUUAACUUUCGAAAAGUAUAGUAGCUGGUCAUUGGCUUUGCAGGAGAAACUACGCUGAAAACUAACUAGCAUAGCAGUUAGCCACCUCGUCGUUCCCAAUGGCAAAUGAUUGCUCAAACACACACAAGUUCACCCACUUGAUGUGCAAAAAUUCGUGGGCAGGAUGACGUCAGAUUUUCAACGCUGCUAACAAUAUCUAUAUAGCCUACUGUCUACAAACAUUAAUAAUAUUAACAUUACUAUACAUUGUUUAAAAGGCAUAACUUAUGGGUUUAGCAUCAGUGUUUGGUCUCUUUUUUGAGAUACAGAUGCUCUAGCAUCAUAAAUGUAGUAUUUUGUGACAGAAGUUCAGAUGACAACAUGCAUAAUAUAAACGGGACUUCUUACCUUUGUGUUGAUAUAAAGAUCGCAAAUCGAAUCCAGUCUGUUUCAGAUGUGUGAAUCAUCCAAUUACCAUUUUUGUCCACAAAUGCGUAUAAUCCGUGAAAUAUAGAUAUAUAGUCUGUUGUUUACAUCAGAUUUUGCAUGAACGUCUUAGAAUAUAAUAUCGUCUACAAUCUGAAGACUAUUUACAUUGUAACACACUGUAUAGGAGAUUACACUUUAGGUUCCACUAAACACAUAAACAUGCGUUAAAACUUUGUUUUUAAAAGUAUAGUAUAUAAUAUCCAAAUAGUGCUGUUAUUUCCAUGAGACAUGAUAACAGUAUAGAGGAUAUCAGUGAAGUGACUGCUCUCUGUAGUUACCUGGUGGGUGGAGACCUGGGUAGUGGGGCGGUCGGUGGGAAAAUUCAAAUGGAAUGUGACGACAAGGCUAGUUACGUCACAACGGAGCUGAUUUUGAAAC